AUGGCAGCUUCAAUUGUCCCAACAUCCACUUUGCUCCAUGCAAGGGCUUCCAACCCGUUGGCUUGGUCUGAUGAUCAAAUUCUUGAGAAAGUUUACAUUACCCACGUCCACACCGCUGAAAGGUACGAUGUGGAGUCACUUUUCAAUGUUGCUUCAAACAUUAUAAGGCGUUCCACUGCAAUUGCUGACAGUAUUGCAGUUAAGACUGGUACACCCGUUGGUGUUAUUGAAGACAAGGUUACUUUAUCCACUUUCGAUCCACCGUUCCUCAAACUGAAGAACAUUGCUGCUCAGAUGAUGAACACGCCUCACGGUGAGCAUCACGCACACCAAACAGCAAUGUCAAUACUUGAACAGCUGAAAACAUACACAUGGGAUGGAAAAGCAAUAUUAGCUCUAGCUGCUUUGGCUCUGGAAUAUGGGAAUUUCUGGCACCUUGUCCAGGUUCCAGGCGGAGACCAUCUUGGAAGAUCAUUGGCACAAAUGAAUCGAGUUCACAGCAUCGAGAGGAAUAGGCAAGCCGUUGCUGAUUUUAACAGUUUGGUUAAGAACUUAUUGAUCGCCGUUGAGUGCAUCGCCGAGUUGGAGAGACUUUCCACCAAAGGUUUUGACACAAAGGAUGUGCCAGCUCUUGCAGAAUCCAUGCAAGAGAUCCCUGUCGCUGUCUACUGGGCAAUCGUCACCACUGUUGUUUGCGCUAAUCAUUUUGAUUUUCUCUUGGGUGAUUCUGACGACAGGUAUGAAAUAGCGAAUUUUGAUGAUAAGCUUUCCUCCGUUAUCAGCAAAUUGAAGGCGAAUCUGACCAGGAGCAGAAAGAAGAUAGGUGAGUUGGAAGAUUACUGGAGGCGUAAGAGGCUGCUUCAAACUCCUACAGAAAUUGUCGAGGUUUUGAAGGUUCUGAUCUUCCACAAUGAUGUUCACGAUCCCCAAGUAUAUGAUGCCUUGUCUAGACAAAUGGUUAGCAUCGAAGUGUUUAGGCAGAAGCACGUGUUACUGUUCAUUUCGGGUCUUGACAGCAUCAGGGAUGAGGUUCGGCUUCUGCAAUCUAUCUACGAGGGGUUACAAGAAGAUCCUAGAGAAGUGAAAGGAUACAGAAAAGAGGACUUCAAGAUUCUUUGGCUCCCUGUUGUGGACGAUUGGAGUGUUCUUCUACACAGAGCAGAGUACGAUAAUUUAAAGCUUGAAAUGCCCUGGUACGUGGUUGAGUACUUCUACCCCUUGGCAGGAAUAAGACUGAUUAGGGAGGACUUGAACUACAAGAACAAGCCUAUCAUCCCUGUGUUGAACCCUCAAGGUAGGGUCGUCAACUACAAUGCCAUGCACAUGAUUUUCGUUUGGGGAAUCGAUGCCUUCCCUUUCAGACCCUCUGAUGAUGACAUCCUCACCCAGAAAUGGAAUUGGUUCUGGGCCGAAAUGAAGAAAGUCAAUCCUAAGUUACAAGACCUUAUAAAAGCAGACAGUUUCAUCUUCAUAUACGGAGGAAAUGACAAUCAAUGGAUACAAGAUUUCACAGUGGCGGUGGACAAAAUAAGAAGGCACGAUAUUAUAAAGAGGGCAGACGCUGUAAUAGAGUACUAUCCAUUUGGAAAGGAAGAUCAAAGGAUAGUUCCGCGUUUCUGGAUUGGCAUAGAGAGCUUGUUUGCGAACAUGAUUCAGAAGAAGCACAAAGACCCCACGAUUGAAGAGAUAAAGAGUUUGCUUUGCCUUAAGCAACACCAACCAGGUUGGGUUCUGCUUAGCAAAGGGUCGAACGUGAAGUUGCUGGGGCGUGGGGAUCCAAUGUUGUCCACUGCAGCUGAUUUUGAGAUAUGGAAAGAUAAGGUGCUGGAGAAAGCAGGGUUUGACGUGGCUUUCAGAGAGUACUAUGAGCAAAAGCGUCGGAAUUACCCUCAAGCAUGUGCACACAUGCAAUUGGCUAAUUAUCCUGCGGAUAUUCUUCAGCCCAUUAAUUGCCCUGAUCAGGCUUGUGGGCGAUCCAUGGAAAUAUCCUCUGUGAGUUACAAGUGCUGCCACGGUCACACUCACAGGGCUGAAGUUCCUGAGAGUGGUGAUGUUAUGAUUGAGAAGAAGUACUCUUCUUGA